AACGGAGGUUGGACUCGCAGCGGCGGCUGUUUUUUGUUUUUUGUUUUUUUUUAAUAAUUAAUUCUCUUCUAGCUUCAAGGGCUCUAAUUUAUGAAUCGUCUCACGAAGAGAUUAGGCGACUCAAAUCCAUGGCUUCCGCCGGUUCCGACGGCGAUGAAGUCGUCCUCGUGCUGAUUGAUCCCUCCGCCUUUGAGGAUGAGCUUGUAGCUCGAGAGGAUCUCGCAUCUAUUUCAACCUUAGAUAUCGAUUCCUGGAAUCUUGAUCUAAUUCUCCUAUCGCCGGCUAUAAAAAUUCUAGCGGCUCGAAGCAGGCUUGUGGAACAGUCCACCUAUUUCCGUAGCCUUUUCUGUGGAAACUUCAGUGAAUCAGGGCUUACACAGGUAUCCAUACAGUGGAACUUUGAAGGGUUCCUCACCUUCUUGCAGUUUAUACAUGGCUCCCAGCUAUAUAUAACAUCCAACGAUUUUCUUCAAAUUCUGGAGACUUCUCUAUAUUUCGGUGUUGAGACGCUUUUGGUAGAAUGUGAGUCAUGGUUUCAUAAGAUGACAUAUGCAAGAGGGCUACAAAUUCCCCUGAAUUUAGUAAUUGAAGUAUGGAAUUUUGGCUUAGAGCAUGGUGUUGGAUUUGUUCCAGAACUCUGCAAGGGCUAUCUUGCUAGGAACUUUGCAUGGAUUACAUCAUGGAGCUCAUUUCCUGAUAUUCCUUAUGAUCUAUUACAUUCCUGUAUUGAACAUCCUCUGCUGACUUUGGAUAGUGAGAGGCAACUAUGCGAGACAUUAGUAAACUGGAUUUCUACAAACAGAACAUCCUGGAAAGGCUCAUCAAGUAAUUAUCACUUCGACAUUCUUAAGAAGGUGAAGAUCUGCCUUCUGCCAUUAGAGUUCAUUGCAGGUUUGGGAAAAGACUUAUCACAGCUUGGUGUAGAGGGCAUUGGUACUUUUCUGGAUCAGUUGAAAGAUUGCUCCUCAAGCAUACUUCGUGCUGUUGAAGGUGAUGAGCUGGAUGAUUUGAGAAUUCGAGUGACGGAAUAUACUGAGAAAAUUGUUCUUUCCGGCUGCAUUCACAUAACAACUGCUUCAAUUCUUCUGGCGCUGUUUCCAUCUGAUUUGGAAAUGACAUCCAAGAAAAGGAUAAUGCAUGCUUUUACAGAGGCUGAUAGUGGCAGAAUGAACAACAAUGUGAGGCUAGAGAAGCCAAUAAGAUUAUUUACCUUUAGUAGUGUACGUGAGGUGGAUAUUUCUAAGUGCCCAAAGUUGCACAUUGUUGCCACAAUUAAAUGUUUAGCUUUGGCAUUUCCAUCACUGAGUAUUCUGAGGGCCUCUCACUGUUCACAAUUUAAAAUGGAAGAUUUAUAUUUUUUGAUACAAAACAUUCCUAAACUCACUGAAGCUGACAUUUCUGUUGAUGUGAGUCCUCUUUUACCUGCAAAAGUAUAUAUUGUAUCUACAAACAUCGAAGAAUAUCGUGUUUCCAAUACCAGUUCAUAUGCAAUGCUAGGAGAUAAAUCAUUGUUCAGUGUUGCUAGGCCCACAUUGGAAAACCCAAUUAUGUCAAAUAUCUCAAAACUCACACUCGAGGGACGACGUGAUAUUACUGACACAGACUUGUUGAAGAUAUCUGCUCUCUGUGGUUCUUUAUCUUACUUAAACAUCAAAGGUUGCACUGUGGUAACAGAUAUGGGGAUAUCAACACUUGUAAGCAAGUGUCUGAAAAUCCAAUCUCUUUUUCUAUCAUAUACAUCCUUUGGUAGAAAUUCAAUUGAGGUGCUUUGUUCAGACUGCUUACUGAUUCAGAAAUUUACGGAAGUGGAUGAUCACAAAUAUUCAAAGACGAUUGCCUAUAGGCUCCAUCAGCUUCAUAUUGAUGGUUGUAAAGGUGUGGACCGAGAUUCUCUCUCACAACUGAUGCGUUGUUCAUACAUGUUAAAGGGACUGAUAUUAAGGGAAACUGCUAUUAAUGAUGAUGCUCUUUACAAUUUUUCAGGUUCCUUCCUUGAAAGUCUUGAUGUUUCCGAGACUGUGGUUUCUUUGGAAGCUUUGUCAUUGGUAAUUAGGAGAAACCCAGAUAUUCGAUGCUUGAAAGCAACUGGUUGUACAAAUCUGAAUCAGUGUGUUGGAGAGAAUCUGGUGUUAACCAGCUAUAAUGACAUAAGGGAUCACUUCUUUGAAGUCACCCGUCAUUGCAUUCUGGAAGAAAUAGCAUUCGGAUGGGGAUUUUCUUCCUUAUCAGUGGAAGAGCCGUUACACCUUAAUUGCUUAAGGGGCAUAACUAUUGGUCUUGGUGCAUCACCAGGCCAUCAUAUGCUGAAUGCACUUCCCAAAAUUUGCCCCAUGUUGCAGUCUGUUAUCCUCAUUUUUCAGGUAAUUUCUGACAGUAUUUUAAGAAGUUUUGGGGAAUCAUUAAAAAACCUAAGGGUAUUACAUCUAUGUUGCUGUCUUGGUGAUUUGACUUCCUUCCAUUUUACAUCUGGAAUGCAUCUUCUGAGGAUAUUAAGGUUAGAGAGGGUAACCCCAUGGAUGACAAAUGAGGAUUUGUCUGUCCUUACUCAGAACUGUCCACUUGUGUUGGAGUUUUCAUUGACGGGGUGUAAACUUCUUGAUUCAGCCUCACAAAAAAUCAUUGCAGAUGGAUGGCCAGGCCUGACAUUUAUCCAUUUGGAGGAAUGUGGACAAAUUACUUCGAGUGGGGUUUCUUCUCUUUUCAAUUGUAAGGCUAUUGAGGAUUUAUUGCUGCGGCACAAUGGAAAAGGGAUUGGAAGGAAAUUCAUACACGAUGCUACUUCUUCCUUGCCACUCUUACGUAAACUAGCAUUGGAUCUCUGCGAUGCUUGUGAAGGAGGUUUUGACAGUCCACUACAUGCUGAAAGGUGCUUUCUCAGUGCCGUGAUGAUAAGUCGCUGCAAAUCCCAGAAAUGCGCAUUCGAGUCUCUUGCGGUUGGGAGUUGUCGGUCCGUGCACAAGGACACCAUCGUUCUUGAAUGGAACUGCAAGGAUGCAAGAACAUCAGUGGUGAAGGAGAGGAUCUAGGGGACCAAACUGUAUCCUUGCAUGACAUUGCGUGUUGUUCACUAGAUUUAACAUUUCAUUGCUUAAAUUUUGUUUCUAUGGUCCCUAUGUAUGAUAGACGGCUUUUCAUCUGGUUCAUAGAAAAUUUUGAGUAUAGUUUAUGGAUAUUCAAACGUCGAUCUUUAAAAUAUUUAUUUAUAGUGAAAUUGGAACUCU